CAAAAGUUAAGGAUACGCGACUUUGAGUACAGAUCGCCUUGAAGUAAUAUACUGUGCGAUGGCCACUGCUUUUACUUUAGCUGAGCUGGAAGCCUCCGUCAGCUUUGUUAACUCUGUGAUGAGUCAGGACAGCGAUCUUGAAUGCCUACCAAUUAAACCUGCACAGAAGCUGUAUCAAGCGCAAAAAACCGGUGUUUUAUUCUGCAAAUUAUUAAACCGAGUCCGAAGAGGAACCGUGCCAUGCUCCAGAAUCCAUAAGCAAGUGAGGAAUAUUCAUCAGGCAUUAGAGAAUCAAAAGCUAGUGUUAGAGGGAACACAGCAACUGGGUAUUGAUGUGCACAACGUUACAGCUGAGGACCUCUGGAGUGGAAAGGAAUACUUGGUUUUGGAAGUUCUGUGGAAAAUCGUCCGGGUUGGCUUGCUGUCUCGUGUGAAUGUGGAAAACCAUCCAAACUUGGUAUUGUUGCGCAGGUCAAAUGAAAACUGGCCAAGGUUUGUUAAGCUUUCUGCAGAAGAGUUACUGAUCAGAUGGGUCAAUUAUCAACUGAGACACACACUUUACAGGGGUCCAGAGAUGACAGACUUCAACCACAGUUUAAAGGACUCUGUGAUAUACAGUUACCUUUUCACUCAGCUUUCCCCACAGAGGUGCAGUUUGUCUCCUUUGGAUGAAGAAGACUUGUUCGUCAGAGCAAAGAAAAUCUUAUCCAUGGCUGAGCUGAUAGGAUGUAAUAAAUACAUAACGCCACAUGAACUUGUUAAGGGAAAUCCACGGCUAAACCUUGCUUUUUUGGCGAACUUAUUCCAUUGUAGGCCAGGACUUGAGUUCCAUGCGACUGAUAUGGAAAGUGCUCGACUUAUAGAGGAACUCAACACGGCUCACGUCAGGUGUCGUUUGGUCGAAGAAGAGCGAAAUCUUUUGAUGGAAGUGAGACGAGAGAUGUCUGGGGAGCUGAAAGACGUGCGUAAGAAACUGGAGGAAAGCCUCAAAGAAAUGGAGAUUCUCAAGAGAAGAGCUUUGGGGCUUGAAGAUGAAAAUAAAUAUUUGACUGACGUCGAUGAGGCUGUUCGACGUCUAAAAGCAGAAAACUCGCUGCUUCAAAUUCAGCUCACUGACUCGAAAGCCGUAGAGGAUGAUUCCCAAGCUACCAUAGAGAAUCAAGAAAUAACAAUUGAUAGCUUGAAGAAAGAAAAAGAGGCACUGGUCAAAGAAUACGAGGAAAAAAUUAACGAACUAGAGAAUAAAAUCUCUGCAACCACUCGAAAACAAACAAAAAUAGUUCUUCAGAAAGAAGCUAUUAUGCAUGAGAGAGACCUCUUAAAACGGAAACAUGACAAAUGCCAAGCAGAACUCAAAAGACUUCAAGCUCAGAUUGAUCGUCGUCAACGACACGUCCAUCAACUUCGUCAGCUUUUUAAAUAUUUUAUUUCCGACAAAGGACUAGCAGAAAAACUUUAUGGGAACUUGGACACGACAUCUCUACAAAGCAGAAACGGCAAAAGCAAAGUGACAAAAUUUUGCCAGGAAGGAGGUUGGUAUUUACGAGAAACAGCUCCACAAAUUUUCCUACUGAAGGAUAAUUUUUUGUUUGUGUUCGAUCGCGAGGAGGAGGACGCCCCUUUACUUGUGCUGCGCUUGGAUCAGGCCACAGUAAACAAACAAGAACAUUGUGUGCUGCAAUUGAAGUUCUCUCAGAAAGAAUUUUCGUACUACAUAAAAGUUUCGCCCGCCUCAUAUGUCAAAGAUUUGCAACAAGAACUGGAAGUAGCCGCUGACUGGUGGACUGAAAGACAAAGGACUUCGCCUUGUUCCCGAUUCAAAGAGAUCGUUCAGUCGAACAUGUUGACCAGCGGUGGUAACAGAAGAAAGCUGAACUCAAGACAAACUUCACUUAUAACGGCAGACGUGUGACGCAACGGCCUCGAUCCCAAGUAAUUUGGUCAUCAGAAAAGUAAGGAAUGUUCAUGGAAAAGACACUCGAGAUUUCGCGACUCAAAUUACGAGAACUGCCAAAAUUUAGGGAAUAAUCAUGGCUUUAGUCUGCGAACCACGAGUUCUCUUGAUGUGGGAUGAACUACACUUUAAAUCAUGUUUGAUUUCACUUCUAGCAAAAAAGAAAUUACAUCAAAAACUUUAAAAAGGCCUUAAUACUUCGUGGAGAUAUUCAACAAUGCGUUUUUGCCAGUGAAGCGGUUGUGAGGUCGACAACGUUGAAAUCUAUCACGAGUCGAUAAGAAAUGGAGCUAAUUCCUGUUUUUAGUCCAACAUUUCACCGAAACUGGGCCUGUUUUGGACAGCACCUAUAACCUUCUUUUACAUUCAAGAUUUGCUGUCUGUUCCCACCUUCAACUCGCCAGCUCUAACAUACUGUGCCAUUUUCUCGAGUUUUAUGCUGUGCGUUUUAUUUAAAAGUCGAUCUUCAAAACUUCUAUUCAUCAAACCUCUAAUUUCUUCAUUAACUUUAAUUUUUUUUCAAUUAUAUAUUUA